CCCCGCUGUUAUCAGGGUGAAUUGUUUAGAAAUCGUAACGAAUGUCGCCUAGAUUUGUGGUUAACUAUUACCUUAUUCUCUACAGUGUGAUCCUUCUUUUAGUCCAUUCCAAUUUAUCCACUGGGGAAUAUGAAAAGAAUAAUUAUGAACAAAUUGAAACAGGUUCCACAACUUCUGUAGAAAAAGAAACAGUCAAAGCACCAUUGAGCUUUUUGCCAGUUUGUAAACCUCAACAAAUACAUACAUUUUCUCAGCGGCAAAUUCGAUGUGCAUGCGGAGUCCAAUGUCGAUAUUUAUGCCAGACAAAGGCAACUACAAGUACAGAAAAAAAGACAGGAGAAGAAGAACAAGGAAAAACUUGUAAGAGAGUAUGUCGACAAAAGCCAUGCUACCGACCACUGUCACACACAGUAUAUCAUUAUCGAUUAAUGGAUGGGUUAUGCCAGAUGUGGAAUGUUUGUGCAUAUCGUGCAAAAUGUGAAGGUAAAACACGUCGAUGGGUACAAUAUCAUCUUGUUUCAUGCCAAAGAUCAGUCGCUCAUAAAAUUUUCAGACCUAUUUGGAUGAAAAAUAUGUGACUUCUUUGAUAGAGUACACACAAUGAACAGUUUUAUCCUGUAAAAGAAUGAUACAAAUCACAUAAAGAUAAUAAUGAUAUCUUAAUGAAAAAUGUUGUUCGG